UUAUAACAGUUUGAUACACUAUGUGCAUCAAGUCUGGAUAACUAUUCUUGAGAUUAAAUUUAAAUUUUGAUAUUCUUUCAAUAAAAGCCAGCAGUUUAAUUGAUGUUUCUGGAAUUCGUUCAGGUGUUUUUCAUUUCAUUUACAUGCUUGCUUCUUUCAAUAAAAGUAUGCAGCUUUUUCCGGGGGUCUGGCGGUCUGCCAAGAUUCAUCCUGUCAAAAAAGACGCUCACUGUCUUUUACUUUGUCGUUUACCUUAUCCCUUUCAUUUCCUUUUCUGAACAGAGCUUUCCUGACUGAAUAAACAAAAGAAAGACAUCAGAUUUUGGGGAUUUCUUAGUGGGGUUCGCCGGUGUGUUCUGGUUUUAGAUAAAAUCUCAAAUCUAAAACAUCUCUUGAUUUCCUUUCCACUUCCGAAGGAGGGUUAAAUCCAGAUUGGUUUUCUGGAAGAUAAACCUGUCUCACAAAAGCUCCAAGCCUCUACGUCCGAACGAAGAAGAAACCUGUCUCACAAAAGAAGCUUGUUAUUGUUCUCUCUAAUAUCACACACUCUGUUCAUAUUUGAAGGAUGGCGUUGCAGAACAUAGGUGCUGGUGACAAAGAUGAUGUGUUUUACAGGUACAAGAUGCCAAGAAUGUUAACAAAGAUUGAAGGUCGUGGAAAUGGCAUAAGGACGAAUGUGGUAAACAUGGUUGACAUAGCAAAAGCAUUGGCCAGGCCUGCGUCAUACACCACCAAGUAUUUUGGUUAUGAGCUCGGUGCACAGUCCAAAUUUGAUGAAAAAACUGGAACUGCUCUUGUAAAUGGUGCUCAUGACACUGCUAAGCUUGCAGGUUUGCUUGACAACUUUAUUAAGAAGUUUGUCCAGUGCUAUGGAUGUGGGAACCCUGAGACUGAGGUUAUUAUUACCAAAACCAAGAUGAUCCAACUGAAGUGUGCUGCCUGUGGUUUUGUUUCUGAUGUUGACGUAAGGGACAAGCUCACAGCUUUUAUAGUGAAGAAGGGUGGAAAAGAUAAGAAGGCAAUGAGGAGGGCUGAGAAAAAAAGACUAAAGGAAGGUGAGGCUGCUGAUGGUAAAGCUGCAAAUGAGGAGAACGAGGAGGAAGAUGAUGGUGUUCAGUGGGCUACUGAUACAUCACUGGAAGCAGCUCGAAAACGUAUACAAGAACAGUUGAGUGCUGUCACAGCUGACAUGGUUAUGCUUACCACAGCUGAUGCUAAAAAGGAAAAGCCUAAACCUGCUGCAAACAAACAACAGCAACAACAAAUAUGUAGGAUAAUUUUGAAUGCAGCUGAAAGGAAGAAAAUUUUGAAAAUUUAAGCUCAGGGGUUUAUAACUGGGGACUAUUAUGUUAGGUUUUGAAGACAUUUGGUAAGUAUAGAGGGAGCAGCAAAGAAUUGGUUCUGGGGUUGGUGAUGAUGCAGAGUAGUACCCGUGAGGGUUACCCACAGAUAGUGGUGAUUAUGUUGUGAAACUUGAACAAGUUCCGCGUUGGAGUGAUGCAGAACAGAGGUUAUCUUUGGCAAUUCAGGAUGAUGAUUCUUCUCUGUUGUAUCCAAAUUUGUAUUCAAAGGAUCCUCUUACGUCGCCUCCAGAGGUAGAUAGUGGAGGUAAUGGGGCAUCGUCGAGGUUUCCUGUUAAUCAUGAUGUUAAUUUGAAGAUUUAUUUGUGGCUUGAGGUUGAUCCACUAAUGAGAAUUUGGAUGAAGCACACGGUAGCCCUGGUUUUUGUAUGCUGCUGCUGGUCCUGGUUUGGCCGAAGAAUGUGCAGCAUUGGGUGGAUGUCGAACAGGCAUGGCUAAAAUUACCAACGCGAGGGUUAUACACACUGUGGGCCCCAAAUAUGCAGUCAAGUAUCGUACCGCAGCGGAGAAUGCUCUUAGUCACUGCUAUUGUUCUUGUAUGGAGCUUCUUAUUGAAAACGAUCUUCAAAG